UAAUUUCUUUACACUGGCAGAGUCCAGGGGAAUCACAGAAAUUCGUUAAAAAUCCCCAUAUGCUCUGCUUUAAACAAAAACAAAACUUAAUUGAAGAAAUAACAACUAUCCAUUCAUUAUAAAAAUCCCAAAAAAAAAAAAUUAAGUAAAAAUGGCAGAAGGUGGAAAAGGGAAGGUAGCAAUUGCUGGAAUUGCUUCGAUUCUUUUAGUGGCAUGUGUUGUUGGUACUGCUGUUACUCUUACAAGAAAGGAUGAUUCUAGUGGGACCCAAGUUUCAACUUCUAGCAAAUCAGUGGAAGCCAUGUGUCAACCAACUCAAUAUAAAGAAACAUGUGAAAAAUCACUUAAUUCAGCCAAAAAUACAAGUGAUCCAAAGGAAUUAAUUAAACAAGCAUUUGAUAGCAGUAUUAAUGAAAUUGCUAGUUCAAUCAAGAAUUCAGCUCCAUUUAAAGAAGCUGCAAAUGAUCCAAGGACUAAGGAUGCAUUAAAAAUUUGUGAUGAAGUUCUUGACCGUUCGAUCGAAGAAAUCAAGAGGUCUUUUUCGAAAAUUGACAGUAAUGACCUCAACAAGUUGAUCAAGGAGUACAUUUAUGAUGUUAGGUCAUGGCUUAGCUCUGCUGUCACUUUCGAGGAGACCUGUAUAGAUGCGUUCGCCAACACAACCGGUGAUACGGGCGAGAAAAUGAAGAAUCUCCUGAAGACCGCCAACGAGCUUUCUAGCGUUGCCCUUGAAAUCAUCAGCAACUUCGAGGAACAAAUGGUCGGGUUGCAAGGCCUAGGCAUCACUAACAGACGAUUAUUAACCGUCGAAGCAGGUAACCGAAAGCUCCUUCAAGUCUCAUCCCUCAAGCCCAAUGUUGUGGUGGCCCAAGAUGGCAGUGGACAACACAAAUCUAUCAAUGAGGCUCUUAAAACAGUGCCCCCAAACAAUGCCCAACCCUAUGUCAUCUUUAUCAAGGCUGGUAUUUACAAUGAAAUUGUUCAAGUUACCAAUACAAUGGCCAAUGUUGUCUUUAUUGGUGAAGGCCCAACCAAGACCAAGAUAACUGGCAACAAAAAUUACCUUGAUGGUCUCCCAAUUUUGCUUACUGCCACUGUUACCAUCUCCGGAGAAGGAUUUGUGGCUAAGGAUAUCGGAUUCGAGAACUCAGCAGGACCCUUAAAAAAAGAAGCUGUUGCACUCCGUGUCUCGGCUGAAAUGACAACAUUCCAGAACUGCCAGAUUGAUGGAUACCAAUCCACCCUUAUGACUCAUAUUGGCAGACAGUUCUACCGUGACUGCACUAUCACCGGAACCAUCGACUUCAUCUUCGGGGAUGCAGUAGCUGUGUUCCAGAACUGUAAGUUGAUCGCGAGAAAGCCCGAGGAGAUGCAGACACAGGCCAUCACGAUCGCGGCUCAGCAAAGAAGCAACCCAACCGGAACAGGUGCAAUCAUUAUACAGAACUGCACGAUCACAGCUGAGCCUGCUCUGGUCGCAAUCAACCCACCACACAACAAGGCAUUCCUCGGACGUCCGGCGAAGUUGUACUCAAGGACCAUAGUCAUGCAAUCUCAAAUUGAUGGAUUCAUUAAUCCUGAAGGAUGGAUUCCAUGGGCUGGUACCUUUGGACUUGAGACUUUGUAUUUUGUAGAGUACCAAAACAGGGGUCCAGGUGCAAAUACUGAUAAAAGGGUCACUUGGAAGAAUUACAUUAAGAACCCUCCACAAGAUGUUGUUGCUAAAUUUGCCCCUGGAGCUGUGCUUAGAGCUGGUGAUAAUACUGAUGGAUGGGUUAAAAAGACUAGUAUCCCAUAUGAACCAGGGAUGAUGAAGGUGUAAAUAAGUUUAUGCAUCUUCAAUAAAUAUAAAAACAACUUGUUGUGCCUCUUGUACUUACCUUUUGGGCAUGCAAAAUGAAAAAAAAAAUAUGUUGUUUGAUUGGAGCAUUUCUUCAAAUUAGUUUAAUCUUGGGAUGUUACAUUAUUAAUUAGAUAGCUAAAAAGUUUCACCCCCUAUUAUACUCAACAUAUAAUAAAGAGAUAAUUACACUGUAUCAA